AUGUUUAAUUAUACCUAUUUCAAAACAACUUUGUUGUUGUUAGUUUUUGCAACCACUGCUAUUACAUCUCUAAGCCCAUCAGAAGUAUUGACACUACGAUAUUCUUCCUUCAGUUCUCAAACAAAUAUAAAUGUUACUUCACUUGAUGGUGGCGAUGUUGUUGGUUCUGGUUUAGUUAAUAAUCUUGUUUACUCUGCACUUCCUUCUGGAGUUGAAAAUACUGUAAUGAUUUUUGGACUUCAAAAUCUAAAUUUUGUGCUUUUUACUUUCAACUAUCAAACUUUUGAAACACAACAAGUUGGUGAGUACUUAGAUAUAAAAUCUUUUGGAUUCCAAGCAAACUCAUUUGGAUAUGAACCAUCUCUCGAAUUGGUAAUGAACCUUGAAGCAACAAAUGAGCAACUUAAUUUCAUUAGUUGGGAUUUCAAAAAUAAUAUUUUGAAUGUAUUGCCAUUGGAUGUUGGUGCUCAAGUAACACCAGAUACUGCUGUCGGUUGUUACGAUGGAAAGAGUAAUUAUUAUAUAGUGUUUGGUGAGAGAAACAAAAAUUCUACUAUCAUCAGUUACGAUAUCUUUGGAAAAGGUUUGUCGCCAGUUCAAUAUGUGUUGCUAAACUCGAAAAAUCAGUUUUUCUACAGUAUUUUCAGCGCUGUUUCAUACUCCAACAACCAAGUUGAACAACUCUAUGGUGUAGAGAUCGUUACUUUGGUGAAUGACACGACCGUAUAUACGUUGUAUGCAAUCGAGCUCGAUAGCUCAAGCAGUACCGCCACAACCACCUUUCUCCACGAAGUAUAUUCCACUGACUAUGAUUCCCGAUUGACACCAUUCGUUACCAACUCCCAAUCAAUUGUAUUCUAUACUAUUGAUGAACGUCAAAGAUUGGUUACAACUGUUGUACGGCUAGCUAAUUUACAAACAACAGUUUAUCCAACCUCGACAGAUUUCUAUAACAAAGAUGUUUCAAUGUUCUUACCAUAA